AUGUCCGGGUUGACCCUCGGGCGAGGUCCUGGGGGCGUGCGACCGACUCAACCCGCCGCUGGCUUCGAUUCCUCCGCCGACGCCGACCGGUCUUCCGCCUCCCUUCAGCAUCGUCAACAUCAGCAGUUUCCUCCUCCCACUUCUUCCUCUCAACUCUCCGACGACUUUUCCUUCGGUUCUCCUCUCAGUCCGCCCGAUUCGUCUCAUGUGCAGGACGGUGGUGUACUUCAGGACUCGCUCUUCCCCGAGUGGAGCACCGGCGCGCCGCCUCGCGUUGGGAUCGACGGUCCCGAUGAGAUGCAAAGGCAAGAUCCGUUAGCCACCCAGAUAUGGAAGCUAUAUUCUAGGACCAAAGCCCAGUUGCCCAACCAGGAGCGCAUGGAGAAUUUGACCUGGCGAAUGAUGGCCAUGAGUUUGAAGCGCAAGGAGCAGGAACGGUUAUAUCAGUCGAGGUUUCCUGCCCGAAACAGCAUCUCCGGCCCGAGUGGCAUUGCCCAAUUGCGCAUCUCCGACCGAGCUCCUGCCAACCUACCGUCAUCCACUGCGACGGAUCUUGCGACGGAUUUCGCACCUGAUCCGGCGACCGAUCCGAUGAACCUGGACGAUUUCAUCGUUCCCUUUGAAUCCCCCUCCGAUCAUCCAUCCCCGAAUGUCGCCACCAAGGCGCCCCCCCAGUCGACCAGCUCCGCCGCGAUCCCCAUCAAAUCUCGCAAGGACCAAGUGGCCGAAUCCACGCCCGUGCCCGCCUCUUUCCACCAUCCGGCUCAGGACCAGCGCAAGAACAGUGAAUUCGGUUAUGUGCCCCGUCGCGUGCGCAAGACGAGUAUCGAUGAGCGUCAGUUCUUUGGCUUGCAGUUGCCUAACCGCAAACGACCGGCCGAAUCCUCGCCCCAGGUUCCCCCCGUGUCCAACACCAUGCUGGCCCACGACCCCGAUCUCUCCGGCGGCGUUCCGGAUUACGCGUUGGAUGCGACGACUUCGUCGGCGUUUGGUCUGCAUCACGGUAGCCAGCAUGUGUCAACCCAUGCCAACCACACCUCGCCAGGCGUGCCGUUCGGGCUAGAUACCUUCACUCUCGGCGAAGACCCCAUCCUUCCCUCCGCCGGCCCCUAUCAAACCCACUUUACCUUUUCCCCGAGUGACUCGCCGAUGACCUCGGGUAAUCCGUUCACCAACCUGUAUGCGCAGACGCCCGUGGCGUCGUCCCUUAACUCCACCGAUUUCUUUUCGCCCCCUCCCUCGGGAUACCAGUCGACCGUGUCGACUCCGCAGCCAGCCUACGAUGGCGAGCAUUCCAUGUAUUUCGAUAUGCCGUCGGUGGAGACACGCACCCAGCGCCGAGUGCCUAACUACGUUUCCCACCGUUCGAACCUUUCGGCGUCGUUGCAGCCCCGAUACAUGUUCAACCAGCAUGACCAGCAAGCACCGCAGCAGCAGCAACAGCAGCAGACCAAUGCGAACACAAUGCAUUCUCCGGGGUAUCCAGUUCCGCACGUUGACCCGUCUCAGGUUUUGGGCCCGGGUGAUUUUACGGCUUCCCAUACAAACAUGUUCUCGUUCGGUGGCGAUUCCGAUAACGAAGACGACGACGGGCGUCCAUUUUCGGAGCGUGCCGGACUCGCGAUGCCGGCCGAAUUCAGCGAUGAGAAUGGAGACAUGAACUCGGGUAUGCAGUGGGAUACCUCGUUCCCGGGGUCGUUUCAUUCGCUGCCGGGAUUCGCUCAGCAUCGCAAGCAUGUCACCAUCGGAUCCGCGGAUAUGAUGGACACGCCUAGUGAAUGGAACAGCCCGAGCGGUAGUCUCGGACGAACACACGGAUCGGCGGCCUCGGUCAGCGAGGUUCGCAACCGGGAGCAGGAUCCCCGUCGCCAGAAGAUUGCCCGGACCACCUCGGCGACCAACACGGCGCAACUGCUGCGGCAGAGUAUGAACCCGGCCAACACCUCGCACACUUCGCCCAACACCCCGCCCGAGUCCGGUCUGAGCAGUGCGGCUCCUUCGCGGCCCGCGAGCCCCGGAGGCUCGAAGAACGGCGAGGGCAGCACGGGGCCGACGACCUGUACCAACUGUUUCACCCAGACCACUCCGCUGUGGCGACGGAACCCCGAGGGACAGCCGCUGUGCAACGCUUGCGGCCUGUUCUUGAAGCUGCACGGCGUGGUGCGACCGCUGUCGCUGAAGACGGACGUCAUCAAGAAGCGCAACCGUAGCAGCGCCAACAGCCUAGCCGUGGGCACGUCUCGAUCGUCCAAGAAAUCCUCGCGCAAGAACUCGGUGCAGCAGGCACCCGCUACGACGCCGACGUCCAGUCGUGCUCAGAGCGGGACGGCUUCCGAGUCUCCGCCCGCUAUGUCGAGCGCCCCGGGACGAGCGUCUGGCGUGGUUCCGAUUGCCGCCGCGCCACCCAAGUCCGCUCCGUCUGUUGCCGCCGUCACCUCUUCCGCCACCGCCGCAUCCCCGGGAACCGGACAGCCGCGCAGCGCGGUGCAGGUGGCUCCCAAACGGCAGCGGCGGCUGGAAAAGGCCAGCGACGAGACCGAAGAUAGCAACAAGUCUUCCGGUCGAUCCAAGGUGGUUCCCUUGGCUCCCGCGAUGCCUCCCGCCGCGGCGAACCCGGCCAACCACAGUAUUGCUGGUGGACAAGGCGCCAGUCAAGAAUGGGAAUGGUUGACCAUGAGCUUAUAA